AUGCCUCCCUCCCAAAACGACAUCGCCAAACACUUUCGCGCCCUCCACAACCCUCAGGACCCGCUCAUCUUCACAAACGUCUACGAUGCCAGCACCGCCUCAGUCAUCGCUUCGCUCCCCACAACCCGCGCCCUUGCCACAGCUUCCUUCGCCAUCGCAGCCUGCAUCGGCGUCGGCGACGAAAACCUCACAAAAGCCCAGAACCUGGCCGCUGUGCAGAUCAUCAUAUCUGCCGCCCACCGCAUCAACCCUACCCUUCCUAUCACAGUUGACCUGCAAGAUGGCUACGGCAAAGACCUCUCCAGCUUGGCGGCGACAAUUAAGGAGGCUAUCGCCCUGGGCGCGGUGGGCUGUAAUCUGGAGGAUAUGGAUAAUGCGGCCGGUACUUUGCGGCCACUGGACGAGGCUGUUGCACGGGUGAGGACCGUGGUUGAGGCAGCGAAGGAGGCCGGAGUUCCUGAUUUUGCGCUGAAUGCACGGACGGAUGUGUUGUCUCUGGAAGGAAAGACGCUGGACGAUGUGAUUGUGCGGGGGAAGGCGUUCUUGGAGGCUGGGGCUUGUACAGUCUUUGUUUGGGGCGGGCCUCAGGGACGGGGUGUGUCGAAGGAGGAGGUGAAAAUUCUGGUGAGGGAGUUGGAGGGGAGGGUGAAUGUGAAGAUGAAUUUGAGAGAAGGGUUUUUGGGGAUACAGGAGAUUAGGCAGUUGGGAGUUGCAAGGGUGAGUCUUGGGCCGGAGUUGUGGAAAUGUGCGAUGAAGGCGGUUCAGGAGCAGGCCGAGUCGCUGCUCUCGUGA